UUUUUACGUGACGACGGUGAAAAUACCUUGGUUUUGUUUGCGGAGAUGGGUGGUAAUCCUUCUAUGGUGAACUUCCAAACUAUCGUUGUUGGUAGAGCAUGUGGAAAUGCAUACGAGAACAAGACCUUGGAAUUGUCUUGCCAAGAUCGUUCAAUUUCUGCAAUUAAAUUUGCAAGUUUUGGUGAUCCCAAAGGAGUGUGUGGAGCAUUCACUAAAGGCAGUUGUGAAAGCAAAAUGAAUGCAUUGUCCGUCUUGCAAAAGGAAUGUGUUGGCGAAAAAGCAUGUUCAAUUGAUGUUUCGGAGAAAACAUUUGGUCCAACCACGUGUGGAAGUAUUACCAAGAGACUUGCCGUGGAGAUAGUUUGUUAGGAUUUAACUUAGAUUACUUUAGACUUUUAUCAUUAAUAAACCAUUUUAUUUAUUUUUUAAAUUUAUUUUAAGACGUUAAUUAUGAUGUAUACGAUUUUAUUUUAUGUUAUCCCCUUGAUAUAUAUU